GUGGCAGACAACUUAAGAUCCUACUAGAAGGAGAAACCCAGCAGACCCGGCUGCUCCUCAACCAGUGCAGGCCAGGAAGGUCAGAGGCUCGGAGACAGGAAACUGUGACGUGUGUUUUUGGGCAGGGUCUGAGGUUUUGGAACCUCUUUCUAAAAGGGACAGAGAGAGCACCCUGCUACAUUUGCUAAUCGAGAGGCUGUGUGUGGCUGAGCUGGUCAGGAUGCAGCAGGUUCCCGUGGGCAGCAGGCUUGUCCUGGCUCUCGCCUUCAUCCUAGUUUGGGCAUCUUCAGUUCAAGGUUAUCCUGCUCAGAGAGCUAGGUACCAGUGGGUCCGCUGCAAACCGGAUGGCUUUUUUGCAAACUGCAUGGAGGAGAAGGGACCACAGUUCGACCUAAUAGCAGAUGAAUCCAACAACAUCGGCCCUCCGAUGACCGAUCCUGUUUUGAUGGGAGGAUUCCCGAAAGACUUCUUCCCCAUUUCUGAUGACUAUUCUGGGUCGGCAUCGGGCUCGGGCUCCGGCUCAGGCUCGGGCUCGGGCUCCGGCUCUGGCUCGGGCUCUGGCUCCGGCUCAGGCUCUGGCUCCGGUUCUGGCUCGGGAAGCGGCUUCCUAGGUGACAUGGAAUGGGAAUACCAGCCAGUAGAUGAAAACAAUAUUGUCUAUUUCAACUAUAGGCCUUUUGACAGGAUGCUUACCGAGCAAAACCAGGAACAUCCAGAAGAAGAUUUUAUUAUAUGAAAGUGACCAUCUCUGUCUCCCCACCUCCACGCGGAACAAUGUAUUCAGAAUGCUUUGUGUACCACGUUUAAAUGAUCAGUCUCAGGAUAAAGAGUUUUACAGAAAAUUAAAAAUGCCUGGAAAAGACUCUUGAAUCCUGUUACCCCUUUUCUCAUUAAUUCAUGAGGAAUUAUGCUUUAACGCUGUUGUCUAUCUUAUUGUUCUGGAAAAUAUCUGCAAUUAUAUGUGUAUUGGAUCAACAUUAUGAAAUUAACAUAUACUCUCAUUAUUAUACAAUAACUUUAAAAGCCAUUCUGAAAAUUUUAAUUUGAUAGCAAGUUGAUGAACAAUACUACAUACCUAAAGUGUUCAGGAACCGGACUUGCAUUGUGAAUUACAGAUAGAUUCCUUUAUGUGAUUGAAAAGAAAAUAAAGUGAGACACAGUGGCCUCCUACCGUG